UUAAGUUUAAGUAGAAUAGGUGGUGAUGCAAAUGAAUGGAGCUGGUGAGGUGGUGACACCAUUCUCUAAGUUUGUAGACCUCGAAGAAGUUGGAAAACAUGUAAAACACAGCACACAACCUGCCUCUCAAACUUUGGUGUCAACAUUCAUCAAUUUAACAGAGACGUCAAACAAACGAAGCCUUAAAACACAUUUGAGAGAAAAUCUUCACCCUGCCAAUCAUGAUAUUCGGUCCGUUCUUUACAAACGCCUGGUGCGCAAAGUCGAGUGCAAUGAAAGUAUGUUUGGCGCACAGAUGUACACAGACUUUGAGAAUGAGCAUUUGAUUGGAGUAUCAGGCAUCCUCCCACCACCAAGCUUCUGUGAAACUGAAGAUAUUCCAAACUUUUGCCUCAAUGGCAACGGCAAAGCAACUUUAAUGAAAGUCUUAAACUGUAUCAACUAUCAGUUUCCACAAGUCACUUACAGCCCUCUUUUGCCGGUUGCAGUUGCUUUAUUUCUACAUUACGAUGAAGACCCUGCCCAAGUAUUUAGUCAUGUUUGUCGAUUGAUUUUUUCCAAUUCGAAAUCCAUACAUUACCUUGAUGCGAAUAAAAAAGAGGUAGACGCAUCCACACAUCUGUUAAAAGAACUCACCCAAAAGUAUUCUAACGCCUCGCAUAAAAGCUUGUUAAGUCUUACCUCGAAUCCAGACAACGUUUACAGCCAAUGGAUUCGAUGCUUGUUCCAUGGUCUACCGUUCACAUACACUGCAAUUCUCUUUGACAUGUACCUAUUAGAAGGAUAUAAAGCACUUUACAGGUUAUCCCUGUCGGUUCUUAAGUUUUACAGGAAAAUGGGUGUGGCUAAUGCUUCAGAUAUUGUCAGCGCUGUUUUUAAUUUCAACCAAAACAUUGAAUCCAAAGUGAGCAUAAAUAUGUUGUUCCGUAAAGCAUUUGGUUUUAAACUGCCACCCAGUAAAGAGAUAAAUCGCCGGCACAGAAAAAUGUUGAUGACGUCAAACAAUCCAAACCUUCAAGAUACAACGCGUUCCCCAAUGAACCAAUGGACACAUGUAACCACCAUAAAACAAGUAGAAUCUGAAAUAGCCAGCCAAUCCUUGCUCACAACACUGUACAAGUGGCUGCCAGAUUCAACUACAGUUCUAAGUCCAGUAGUGUUAUUUUCCACAAAUAAACACGGCUACAAUCUAACUUCCUUCUUCUCAUGCUGUGAUCUUCAUGAACCUACAGUUCUUCUUAUUAAAACAGUAACAGAUGCUGUAAUUGGAGCUUAUCUUUCUACAGCUUGGGAAGAGAGAAUAAAUUCCAAGGGGUACUUCGGAACCGGGGAGUCAUUUGUCUUCAAGUUACUUCCAGAACCUGCAGUGUACAAAUGGUCUGGGAUUACUAAGAGCACGAAUAAGAUCCCGCAACUAAGUGAUGCAACUCCCAGUAGAUCAGGAUCCUGUUCCCUGCCUCCUAUCAAUGUAGACACAACUCCGCCCCCUGUUCUUCCUAAAACAGCUGAACCUCUCAUUCUUCCACCAUUAGUUGGUGCAAUGGGUGUGAACAGAACCCCCACUCCAUACCCAAGCCCACAGCGUGAUGACCUUUUCAUGAUGGCGGACAAAAACGGCAUCAAAAUCGGUGGGGGUGGUGGUAUAAGUAUCGCAAUUGACACAUCUCUUUUGAAUGGAAUAUCCCAACCAAGUUCCACUUUUAAUAAUCCCUCACUUGUUGGGGAAAACGGGACUUUUGUUUGCUCUAUGAUAGAAGUUAUAGGGUUCCAUAAUGCAUAACAAUUUUACAACAUAAAUGCAAUCUAUUUUUAUAUGACCUGCUUAUUAUUUAUUACACUCCUAUACAAUGCUUGGUGAAACUACAGUGUUACGUACAUGUCAUGUUUAUAUAUAUUGCUUCAUGUGAAAAUAUUUUGUGCCACUUCAUGUUUGUUUGUGCAAUAUAAUAUAUUCAUUGUUGAAAGUUACUCACAUUCAUAAGAUUCGUUAAAAUAAAAAUAAAGCCAAUUCUGCUUUAA